AGUGUUUUCAACAGUGAUGCAAUCACUUAGUACCAACUUCACACCAAAGCAAGGACCUCCGAUCACUGAAGGCUAUAUCUUAGAUAUAUUUAGAAGUUUGAUCUGUUGUGUGAAGAUUGUACAGCAAAGAUGCUACGACAGGGCAUUGACAUUCCAUGCCAAUCAAUGUCUGUUGUUAACUUGUGAAUGUGUGCAGACCUAUUUGUCAAUUGCUGCUACAGACUUGCUUACUUAUGCCAUUCAGCAAUUGAAUGUUCUUCUUGAGAACAACCUCACUUUUGGAAAACCACUAAGCAUCAUGCUUGAUAUCAUUCAAAAGGUGUUUGAAUGCUGUACGGGGGAUAUAUCCCAAGAUGUAAUCAUUGGAUUAAUUGGUCCAGAAUCUGUGUUACAUCAACUCAGAUAUCAACCAUCCAACAAUUACCUUCCAGUCCUUGUGGACUUCUACCGUUCUCUGCUAUCUAUCAAGAACAUACCAUCCUUGGAAGCUGUUUACAAUUGUAUUUUGAGUGACUUGGAAAUGGCAUAUGUAAAAUUACUUGGACUAGCCGGCAGUACAGCUCGUAUCAGUGUUGUCAAAAACAACUGUUUUUGCAAAGUAAAGUACACAGAGGAGAGAGCAAGAAUUGCAGUCAUUCUUAAUCUUUCUGCUUUGUCUCAAAUUGCAAGCAACAAAUCCUCAAUUAUAGGGAUGUGGGCAUUAUCUCCUAAUGUCUUUGACCUUUGUACUCAACAUCUGUCUUUGGCUGAUUGGAAGAUGGCAGAACAUUUUCCAUCUGUACACUUUACGUUACUUCUUAUCAUUUUCACACACUGUGAAAGUCAUGGUCACUUUAUAACAAGCUCUAUGUCAAGGGUUGGUUUAUUUGAUGGAGGACUGGUGGCAGCUUCUACAUCCAAGACAAGUGGUUACCUACACAAUAUCCUGCAGCUAUUGGCAAAGAUUCUACCAAAUCCAUCUCUCUCAUACGAUUCAAGGUUACUGUCUGUAAAAUGGAUGCUGAGUCUUGGUGAUAGCUUCAAACAGU